AUUCGAUGGAAGGAAGGAUGAAAAUAAUCUUGGAAGGACUUGUGAUUCGAGCAUUGGCGAGGGUCUGAUCGAGAGGAGUGUGUGAGAGAGAGGAGAGAUUCACAGGUUUGAUCUAUCGAUAGGAGAUGGAGAGGAUCGGGAUUGUGUUGCUGCUGCUGCUGGCAUUGGCGGCGGUCGUGGCGCAGGCGCUGGGCACCGCCAAAGAAACGAGCGACAAGGCGUGGGAGGGCGUGAACGAUGUCAAGAACAAGCAGCAAAAGAAGGUGGAGGAGGCCGCCGACGAGGGGCGAACGUGGACGGAUUGGGCGCGCGAGAAGGUUCAUUCCUUCGCCGAGACUGGAUCGAAGGAGGCCGCCGAGCAGAACGAAGCCAUGAAGAAUGUGGCAGACGAUUUAGCUCGCAAGGUGUCCGAGCCUUUCGAAGAAGGUAAGAACAUUGUAAACGAUGUUCUUCACAAAGCCAGCGAGCAUCUGCAUGCAGUGAAAGAGAAGAUCACGCAGACAGUCUCAGGAGGAAAGCAAAACGCGAACAAAGCCCAGGAGAAAACCAAGGAGACUGUCAAGAGUGGGAGUGAGAAAGCCCAAGGCACUGCGAAAGAAGCCGCCAGAAGCGCCAGUGGAAAGUUUGAAGAUCUCUCGAGCGAGGCCCAGCGCGUGGCAGCCGAGGCAAAGCACAAGGCUGGGAGCACUGCCGGGCAAGCCCAAGAGAAAGUGGCGGAUGCCAAGGAUGCCGCUCAGAAGCAGGCCGAGGAUGCCGCAAAGGCUGCCAAGGAGAAGACCAGCGAGACUGGCGAGAAGAUCAAGGAGGUGACCGAGCGAGCAAGCAGCGAGGCGAGUGAGAAGCUCAAGAGCGCCAAAGACUCGAUCGGCAGUGGAGCCAAUUACGCGAAGGAGAAGGCCGAGGGGCUCACUGGAUCGGCCAAAGAACAGGGGAGCGAGGUCACCAAGAAAGCCAAGGAAGCCAAAGAUCAAGCGAGUGAGACCACCAAGAAUGCCAAAGAUCAAGCGAGUGAGUCCGCCAAGAAGGCCAAGGAUCAAGCGAGUGAAUCGGCCAAGAAGGCCAAGGAUCAAGCGAGUGAAUCCACCAAGAAGACCACAGAGCAGGGAAGUGACGCUGCGAAGAAAGCUCAGGAGAAAGUGGAUGCUGCGAAGCAGGCUGUGAAUGAGAAGUCCGAGGCUGCGAGCAAGAGUGGUAGCGAGAAGGCAAAAUCUCAAUACGAGUCCGCCAAGGAGGCCGCGUCCAAGGCCACGGGCGAGUUGGGCGAGAAGUUGAGAGCUUCGCGCGACGAGCUGUAGAACAAGAACUACGUACCAUUCUCUCGUUCGAGCUCGAUCUGGUUGAUAUCACUUUUUGUGCUUGCUCGUUUGUCUACUAGUACUCCAUUCAGUCAGAUAAAAGCUUUCGUGUAAGAUUGA